CAUGAAAUUAAGUGAGAGAUGGGGCGAUAUUCCUUCUUUAGAGGAGAGGUGAGCAAAGUAGAGUCAAACGAAAUGAAAGUCUGGAAUCUCCCCAGCACGUUCAUAACCAAGUCAACUUCCCACCAAAUCUCAGCGGCAGUUCAAUCUUGAUCCUCAGGAAUGGGCCGGAAGGGGAAUGAGUCUGGUCCCACGAAAUGGGCCCCCGUGGCUCUCCUCGUCAUGGGUCUGAUUUCUUGCACUGUCGUCUAUGCUUUCAUGUCAGCUGCUCUAAGAGCAAGAAGCAGCAGUGCAAGGGUUGAGUCUUUGGAGGAGGAGAGUGGCGCGGAAGAGGAGGGUGACAGCAUCGACGGGUGUUGCAAAGGGAUUGAGAACUUGGAGCUUUGGGGCCCCGCCGUGAAGUGGGGAGCGGAAUUUAAGUUUAAUUCUUCAGCGGAUUGCUGUAAAGCUUGCAGGUCUAUGUGCAGUGGCAAUUCCGGGCCUUGUUUGUGUGAUACUUGGGUGUUCUGCGGAAACAAAGAAGCUUGUGGGUCCAAAUUUGGUGAGUGCUGGCUGAAGAAGCAGAAAGAUACCUUCAAACCAGAUCGCCAGGAAGCAGGAAACAAAACCAUGUGGACCUCUGGCAUAAUUUUUGGGAGAGGAGAGGCUACUGUUGCCUUCGAAACCAAGUAUGGCACUGUUCGAGUAAAGGAUCUGUUAACGAAGCAGACUAUUGGUAAAGGACAUGAGUCAGCUGGUCUUUAUAUUUUGGAUACAUCAAUCACAAAAGCUAUUGCCUGAAUGCUCCCCACACUCAAUAAUGUACAUCCUAGAGUUGCUAGCGUCCCGUCACUGUGCAGGCUGCCAAUUCCAUCGUGCAGAAGGUAGAGGGGAAGCUUGGGAUUCACAAGGAAAUCACAUGAAAGAUGCAUCCUUCGGGCCGCCCUAUGCUCUAGUACAAGGAACUCUUGAGGCCCAAGGAGUGACAUUUCACAACAUUCCCACUGAAUUCUGCCCGACCGUGACCCGGGGUUCGGUGGCGUGGAUUGGCUCAGGCCCCGAGUUCUUUAUCAGUCUGGCAAACCAUCAAGAGUGGAGAAAUUCGUAUACUGUCUUUGGUUCUGUUCUGGACAUGGAGACUGUUGAGAAAAUUGCCCAACUCCCUACCAGGUCUGAUGUUUGGGACGGGGUUAGCGUGUCUGUUUUGGAGAAACAUGUUCCCCUGAGGAUUCAAAGAAUCAAGGCAGGCAGUUGAGUGGAUUCCUUCAUUUUGCUCCAACUUUGUACAUGGAAGUCAUAGUUCUGUUUUUCCCUUAACCUGUUCUUCUUGGUGUCAUCCAUCAGUAAUUCCAGCUUGUAAUGUGUGUGUACUUAGCUGUUCUUGAGUAAUAAUUUUAGAAGUUACUACAUUGUAUUUUUCUUCACUUAACUCCGUUGAUGUCCCUGAACUUCGUGUGCACCCUCUCCUAGGUCUAUUUUGGAAAGCUUUUGCAACAUUUAUAAGCGCUUUUGAAUGCUCUAAAUGCAGCUUUUCAGGGCCAAUCAAAUGCAUACCUUUGUAAAUUGUAAGUCUUAAAAGCUCCAGGACUUGUAGAUAUUUAAGUGAUGAAUUUUGAGACAAACAUUGUAUCAUAAGAGAAGUAUUAAUAACAUAUUUUAGGAAUCACAAAUUA